AAAUUGUGCUUAUAAAUGGGCGUUAACGUCGAUCUCGUGAUACAAGGAAAUAAAAAGGUGCCAGCAGUAGUCUCACUCACUUCGGGGCUUGACGGAAGAUACAGUACGGGUCACACAGAGAUCGAAUCAUGGACGUCCGGACCGGUUUCAUCGUUUUGUUCUGCCUGAUGGGAUUCACCUGUGCGGAGCCGGUGAAAUUCAUAGACUGCGGCUCCUCUACUGGCAAAGUGGCCAUGGUGGACAUUCACCCUUGUGCCAGUCAGCCAUGCCAGCUACACAAAGGGGAGUCCUACAGUGUCAAUGUGACUUUCAGCAGCGCUGUGGAGAGCCAGACAAGCACGGCAGUGGUUCACGGCGUUAUUGCUGGCGUUCCCAUCCCUUUCCCCAUUCCAAUAGAAGACGGCUGCAAGUCUGGAAUACAGUGUCCCAUCCAGAAGCAGCAGAAGUAUCAUUAUGUGAACGCUCUCCCUGUGAAGACUGAGUAUCCCGCAAUAAAGCUGGUCGUGGAGUGGGAACUGAGAGACGACAACAAGCAAGACUUGUUCUGCAUUAGGUUCCCAGUUCAAAUUGUGAGCUAAACUAGCAACAGUACCUCUGACAAGUGUUGUAUUUUUAAAGGGAUUCAGCUUUGAGUAAAAACCUAAAGAAUGUAAAUGGCUCUAGUUAAGUUCUCAUUUUAUUCUUUCAUCAAAUUGAUUUUAAGAUGAAUGUCUCUUUCUGUGGUUUUGCAAGACUUUGCCGCGCACACACCUUGAAUCCUUCUGAAAUAAAUGUUUGCUAAGAUCUUCGUAACAGUCAAUUUGAAGAGUUGUGGAAUAAUGCGGUUAAUGUUUGUGUGAAUGACCCUGAACUACAUUCCACUACAGAACAAAUGGAUUGUCUUACUGGCUGCUGUGUAGUCUGAAAGGCACGUACUAUACCUAUUGCUUUACAAACUUUUGUAAUAUUUGUUACUGACAUGUACUACUGUAAGAUGAGUGGAAUUGAAAUAUGAAAAUUAAAUUCUAAUAAAAAUCUAACUUACU